AUGCACUACACACUGUUCCGCUGCUGCCUUUGCCUGGCAACCCUUGCGCUAUAUCCCUGGCCAGCGGCGUCUCAGCAGACUCAGACGGUGGAGGUCGUCGCCACAACCGUCACGAACUACUAUACCGCCGCGGCGUCCACAACAUCCCUGUCACCGCAAUACAACAACUCGCUAGAUUUCCGAACGUCGGUCCUCAACUCGACCAAUUUCUACCGCUACGAACACAACGCCUCGUACAUCUACUGGAACGAGACCCUGGCCAGAUACGCCCAGUCCUACUCGGAGAAGUGUGUGUGGGAGCACUCGCACGGGCGCUACGGCGAGAACCUGGCCCAGGGAUUCGGCAACGUGACGGCCGCGGUGGAAGCAUGGGGCAACGAACGGAAAGACUACGAUUUCAGCAACAGCAAUCCUACCGGCUUCACCGAGGAGACCGGCCACUUCACGCAGCUGGUGUGGAAGAGCACGCAGGCCACGGGCUGUGGAUGGACCGACUGCGACGGGAAGAACAAUGUCAGCGGCGUCUUCCUGGUCUGCGAGUACUGGCCUCCGGGCAAUGUCGUCGGCCAGAACAACUACUGGUUCAAGCAGAAUGUCGAUGCUGAAAGAAAGAACGGCGACGACGGCUUCAGCGAGCUGGACGCCACCAGGGGUGCCACGGGCGGAGUCCCCAGUUCGACCAGUGCCUCCGCUUCUCCCAGUGCGACCGGCAAGUCUUCGGGCAGUCCGAGUGUCGAAGUCGAUCGGGGCCGACUGUUUGCGGCGGUCUGUGUUACGGCGGCUGCUGUUCUGUUGGGUCUUGGCAUGUCAUGA